AUGGCGCUGGUGUGCUGGAAGCACCUGGAAGUGGUCUAUGUGCAUCCUGCUUCUGGUUUGGAAUGUACCGUGCAGGUCAAGUUAGAGCUGGGACACCGUGCCCAACUGCGCAAGAAGCCCACCACGGAGGGGUUCACCCACGACUGGAUGGUGUUUGUCCGCGGCCCCGAGCAAUGUGAGAUCCAGCACUUCGUGGAGAAGGUGGUCUUCUGGCUGCAUGACAGCUUCCCCAAGCCCAGACGUGUAUGCAAGGAGCCCCCAUACAAGGUGGAAGAGUCGGGCUACGCUGGCUUCAUCAUGCCCAUUGAGGUGCACUUCAAAAACAAGGAGGAGCCCAGGAAGGUGUGCUUCACCUAUGACCUGUUCCUGAACCUGGAGGGCAACCCGCCCGUGAACCACCUGCGCUGCGAGAAGCUCACCUUCAACAACCCCACCACUGAGUUCCGGUACAAGCUCCUGAGGGCUGGCGGGGUGAUGGUAAUGCCCGAAGGAGCAGAAACGGUGUCCAGGCCCAGCCCCGACUACCCCAUGUUACCCACAAUUCCACUCUCUGCCUUCUCUGACCCCAAGAAGACCAAACCGUCCCACGGCUCCAAGGACGCCAACAAGGAGAGCAGCAAGGCUUCCAAGCCACAUAAGGUGACCAAGGAGCACCGGGAGCGGCCCCGCAAAGACUCAGAGAGCAGGAGCUCCUCCAAGGAGCUGGAGCGCGAGCAGGCCAAGAGCACCAAGGAUGCCUCGCGGAAGCUGGGCGAAGGCCGGCUGCCCAAGGAGGAGAAGGCUCCGCCGCCCAAGGCUGCGUUCAAGGAGCCCAAGAUGGCCCUGAAAGAGACCAAGUUGGAGAGCAUGUCUCCCAAGGGGGGACCCCCGCCCCCGCCCAAGGCUUCCAGCAAGCGGCCAGCCGCCGCGGACUCGCCAAAGCCCAGCGCCAAAAAGCAGAAGAAGAGCAGCUCGAAGGGGUCUAGGAGUGCCCCAGGCACCUCACCCCGCACCUCGUCGUCUUCCUUCUCAGACAAAAAGCCGGCCAAGGACAAAAGCGCCACCAAAGGGGAGAAGAUGAAGGCCGAGAACGAGCCCCGGGAGGCCAAGAAGCCCUUGGAGGUGGAAGAGUCCAACUCAGAGGACGAGACCUCCUUCAAGUCAGAGUCCGCCCAGUCGAGCCCAUCCAACUCUAGCUCCAGCUCAGACUCCAGCUCGGAUUCGGAUUUUGAGCCAUCUCAGAACCAUAGUCAAGGCCCCCUGCGCUCCAUGGUAGAGGACCUGCAGUCAGAGGAGUCCGAUGAGGACGACUCUUCAUCGGGUGAGGAGACUGCCGUCAAGACAAAUCCAGGGAGGGAUUCCAGGUUGAGCUUCAGUGACAGUGAGAGUGACAACAGUGCUGACUCCUGCCUGCCCGGCCGUGAUCCCCCGCCUCCCCAGAAGCCACCCCCGCCCAACAGCAAGGCAUCAGGCCGGAGGAGCCCAGAGUCCUGCAGUAAGCCGGAGAAGAUCCUCAAGAAAGGCACCUACGACAAGGCCUACACAGACGAGCUGGUGGAGCUGCACAGGAGGCUGAUGGCCCUGCGGGAGCGCAACGUGCUACAGCAGAUCGUGAACCUGAUCGAGGAGACUGGCCACUUCAACGUCACCAACACCACCUUUGACUUCGACCUCUUCUCCCUGGAUGAGACCACCGUGCGCAAGCUGCAGAGCUACCUGGAGGCUGUGGCCACAUGACCCUGGGCUGGGUGCUGGGCCCUUGCCGCUGGGGUCCUGGGAGGCCGAGUCCAGGCCCCGCCUUCCCUCCUCUCUCUCGACUCGCCUGCCCGCAGCACUGCCUUAGUGACCGCCCUGUCCUCGGCCCUCACAGCCAGCUGCACUUUCCUUGGCGGCUUCCAACCCGCCCUCCCCACCACCUUGUCUGGAGCCCCAGAGCCGCGGGGUGCCAGGCUAGUGCCGCUGUCCCCAGCCCCACACGUGCUGCCACCAGGGCUCCCCUCAUAAAGCCAUUUGUGUUGAUGGCAGCUCUGGUCCUUGCUCCUGAAAGGGGGAGAAGCACACAGGGCUGGAGCCCCGUCAGCUGACCUUGGGAUCAGCCCCCGGUGCAGCGGCUCCAUGGCGGGCUGUGUGGCACAGGCUGACUGCCUGGGCCUCUCUGAGCAGCCAAGACCGACUGCUGGGACUGACUCCAGGUGCCAUCUCCA